AUGGUGUACCGUGGAUUCGGUCUGGAGCACAUAUCUCCGCCGGUGAAUAAGCCUUUUGCCGAAAUGACACCCGAAGAGCAGGGUGAGCGGGGCGCACAAAUGAUGAUGGAGUUCAUGACGUCGUGCCCGGGCAAGUCGGCGAUCAGUGGUGUAACAGGUUUCGCACUCGGUGGUGUUUUUGGUCUCUUCAUGGCAUCCAUGGCCUACGACACGCCGCUACACACACCGGCUCCGGUUGGCGCGGGACCUGGGGCAGGAAUCCCCGGCGCGCCCACGCUGCAGCAGAUGGCAGACCUGCCGCUCAAGCAGCAGAUCAAAAUACAGUUCGCGGAUAUGGGGCGCAGAGCAUAUUCGAGUGCCAAGAACUUCGGGUACAUUGGUAUGAUCUACUCCGGGGUUGAGUGCACAAUCGAGUCGCUCCGCGCCAAAAACGAUUUAUACAACGGCGUUGCUGCAGGCUGCUUGACGGGCGGGGGCUUGGCAUACAAGAGCGGGCCGUCUGCGGCGCUCAUCGGGUGUGCAGGCUUUGCGGCAUUUUCCACUGCUAUUGACCUGUAUAUGAGAAGCGAGAACGGCAGGCCGCCCAAAAAUGACUUUGACGAAUGA